AUGGAAUCAAAUCAAAAGGCUGCCAUUCUAAUCAUCUCCGAUACGGCAUUCAAGGAUCCCACUUUAGACCGCACAGCUGGGGUUCUUGCGCCCAUUUUCGCCAGGGAGGGUAAAUGGGAACCCCCUGCAGUUCGCAUCGUUCCGAACAAUGUUUCCAAAAUCCAGCAAGCAGUUUGCGACUGGUCUGAUGGCUCCUAUUGGUAUGAUCUGAUUUUGCUUAGUUCUACGACAGGCUUCGGAGUCAAAGACAAUACCCCUGAGGCUAUAACUACCUUGAUUCAUCGCCAUGUCCCGAAUCUACUCCAUGGCAUGGUCGCCGAGACUUUGAAACUUACUCCAUUCACAAAGAUGGCAAGACCGUUUGGUGGUAUCCGUGAGAAGUCAUUGAUUAUCACUUUACCAGGAUACCCCAUAGGAGCCAUGGAGAGGCUUGAAGCAGUUCUGAAACUCCUCCCUCAUGCCUUCCUGCAGAACUCGCGCUUCUUACAUACUAGUGGUGUGAAGAGAGUACAUAAUAAAGCCGGUGUCACUAUUAGCCCUCAACUUCAACACCAUCACCAACAUGCCCAUGGCCAUGGCAUCCAGAAAGAACACAUAUCUCCACCAGACAAGUCCCAAUCCAACCCCAAAGGCGCCACCGAGGGCGCCGAUCAGCGCUGCCACAGUUAUGCCCGUCCCGCGGUCUCCGUAGAGGAAGCACUCCGCAUAAUUAGCGAGCGAACCCCUGCAUCCACUGUGGUUGAUACGCCAGUGACCACUUCCAUUAUCGGCUCAGUUAUUGCCGAAGACGUCUACGCCGCCGAGAUGGUACCAGCAUACCGUUCCAGCAGCAUCGAUGGCUACGCUAUCACUGCUGAAGAAGGCAAAUCCACUAAAGGCGUUUUCCUUCUAGCGUCAUUCGCUCACGCCAAGGUGAGCGGAGCCUUAGAGCCCCUACAACCAAGAACCGCUGCUAGAGUUACCAUCGGCGCGCCCCUCCCUCCUAAUGCCAACGCUGUAGUUAUGGUCGAGGACACAGCCUCUUCAACUAUAGAUGGCCAAGAAGAAGCAAGCGUCGAAAUCCUGGCCGAUGAUAUCGUCCCAGGUGAAAACGUCCGCGAGCCCGGUAGCGACAUUGGCCUUAACUCAAAGAUCCUCGCUCGUGGAGAUCUCAUCUCCCCGGCCGAAAUAAGUCUGCUUGCUGCCACGGGCACCCGAAUUGUCAAGAUAUUUAAGAAGCCCCGGGUGGGCGUCCUCAGUAUCGGUGACGAGCUCGUGGAGUAUUCCGACCCCUGCACCCUUGUCGGUGGCCAGAUCCGCGAUUCCAAUCGUCCAUCCCUCUUAUCCUGCCUAGCCUCCUGGGGGUUUGAGACCGUGGAUCUUGGUAUCGCCCGCGGCCCAUCGUCUAGUCUCGAACACAGUCUACAUUCCUCCUUACGCGGCGUAGGCCGUGUAUCCUCCAGCGUUGACGUGCUCGUGACCACUGGCGGCGUAUCCAUGAACAAUAUAAACUACAACACUAUCAUUGAGCUCUCGCUCGGUGGCACCAUUCACUUCGACCGUGUCUUUAUGAAGCCCGGCAUGAGCACUACCUUCGCGACGGUACCCCUCAAUGCUACCGAGACUGACGCAGCUGCCAAAGAUGCCCAGCAGGAACACAUCUCAAAGCUAAUAUUCUCGCUCCCCGAAACGCCCUCCUCGGCGCUGCUCACCCUAAACCUCUUCGUCCUGUCUUCCCUGCACAAACUUGCCGGCCUAGGCGAGAGCUCCCAGGCUAUUGUCACUAAACCGUGGAUUCCGCCACAGCUAGGACUACCUCGUGUCGCUGUCGUUCUGACCCACCACUUCCAUCUCGACCCCAAACGCACCGAGUACCACCGUGCUGUCGUGACGGGCUCUCGCUCGGACGGCCGACUAUAUGCUACGAGCAUUGGUGUUGAUGCUAUAGGCCAGCCCAGCCCGCGUAUAGGCAGCCUUGCCAAAGCCAAUGCUUUAGUUGUGCUCCGUCCAGGACGGGGGGUCGGGAUCAAGGGUGAGAUCGUGGAGGCGCUGAUGAUGGGCCCUAUUCAUGGCUCGGAUACCCGGAUCAUUUGCUAA